AUGGAUGGUUGUUCCAGUUCCAGGCCUGAUAAAAGAACACGAUCGAAGUUUUUGAAUGUAAUACCGUUGGAUGGAUUCACUCCAAUGCUUGCAUCUCCACCUGGGUAUCCACCACACAUACCAUCGUCUUCCUAUCAUCCAAUCAUGCCGUUGGAGCAAAGGCCGUCUGAUCCAAUUCCCCAGACUAAAUACGGAGCAGCACUCCUUCGUGAUACCAUACGUUACGAGGAUCCUACUCUCAUCCCACCCUCAUUCCAUGUUCCCCCUCCAAUGUCUGUGGGGCCCACUGACAGUGAUCAGACGCUCUUUCCACCGUUCAUGUGGGGGAGAGUAAGUGGAGAUGUUGGCCCAUCGAAAGUGUCCAACUUAAAGAGGAGCGCUUCCACUAGAUCAGAACCUUCUAGAAGUGGGCCAAAUGGGUAUCAGAGGCCAUCAAUGGCUCUGAUUGAAACUGGAGGCAGCGAGACAGAAUCUGAUGAUCACAAUCCGAGCAAGAAAGUGAACGGUGAGGAUGACAUUUCAUCAUCUCUGUUGAUUGACAACGAUCGAGGCCUGAUCGAGAAAACCAUGAUUACUUUCGAUGGGCUUCGACGUAGGCUAUUGCAGGUUAACAUUGCCACUACACGACCCGAUCUGGUGGCUGGUGCGAUCAUGACCAGUAAAGGGCUCGAUGUGAAUAUGAGGAAGAUAUCAGGGCCCACCAAAGGGAUCAAAAUCGGUGAUAUCUUCUUCUUCAGAUAUGAGAUAUCUUUGAUUGGAUUGCAUUCGACGGUUAUGGGUGUGCUCGAUUACAUGACCCUUAAGUUUGGAAAUGAAGAAGACAUCGUAGCCGUUAGUUUGGUUUCUGGGCCCCAAGAAGAUGAUCUGGACGAUCCAGAUGUGAUGGUCUACGUGGAGCACAAGGCGGUCAGUGAUCAUUCGGUCCAGAGCGGAAAUCUGGCCUUAGAGAAGAGCAUCCAUCGGAAAAAUGAGAUCAGGGUCAUCCGUUGUAUGAAGAAUCAAACCACUCCAACGGGCAGGAUCUAUGUUUAUGAUGGGCUCUAUAAUAUCCAAGAGACUUGGAUAGAGAGAUCCAAGGGCCGUGCCAUUUUCAAGUAUAAAAUGAUAAGGUUGCCGGGCCAACCCAACGGCAUUGUGAUCUGGAAGUCGAUCCAACGGUGGAAAGUGAAUCCAAUGUCGAGGCCCGGCAUGAUCCAGACUGACCUGUCGGGCGGGAUUGAAAAUCUACCCGUCUAUCUCGUGAACAACGUUGAUGAUGAGAAGGGGCCCACUCCUUUCAAAUAUAGCCACAGAGUCAAUUACUUGAGUCCGAUCAACUCCAUGAGAUCAAGGGUCAGAUGCAACUGCAAGGGCACGUGCGUCUCGGGCAAUCCCAACUGCCAUUGUGUGAGAUUGAACGGUGGAUAUCUCCCAUAUGGCCCGGCUGGGGUGCUCGUGAGCCGUAAACCAUUCAUAUACGAGUGUGGGGCCGAGUGUUUGUGCUCGUCAAACUGCAGAAAUAGAGUGACCCAGAAGGGUGUACGGUUCAGAUUGGAGGUUUUCAAGACGAAAAAUAGAGGAUGGGCCGUCAGAUCGUGGGACCCAAUUAGAGCUGGGUCCUUCAUCUGCCAAUACACGGGUGAGGCAAUUGAGCAGAUGAUCAAUGUGGAUGAUGAUGAUGAUGAAGAUGGGUAUAUCUUCGAGCCUGCCCCACCAAAAACGGACCCAUCUGAGUGGAACUAUGAUCCUGCAUUGCUAGGAGAAAAGUGGCCCACCGAGACACCAAUCAUGCCAUCUGAGCCGUUCAAAAUCGUCAUCAGCGCGAAGAAUAUGGGGAACGUGGCCCGAUUCAUGAACCAUAGCUGCACGCCCAACGUUUUCUGGCAGCCGGUUGUCUACAAUCAUCUUGAUGAUUGCUAUCCGCACAUCAUGUUCUUCGCGAUCAAGCACAUCCCACCGUUGACUGAAUUGACGUAUGAUUAUGGCCUGAGUGGGGCCCAGUCGAGCCAGGAUGAGGUGGGCCGUAUGAUUCGGCAUCGCAGGACUCAGAAGUGCUUGUGUGGAUCAUCACAGUGCCGAGGCUUUUUCAGAUAG